AUGGUCUCUCAAACAACCCCUCACCGAGCCCAUGCGCUCGCCUUGGCUCUUCUGGCCACAGGCUCUCUAGUAGCCGCUGGGCCCUGUGAUAUUUACUCUUCAGGGGGCACUCCUUGUGUCGCAGCACACAGCACCACUCGUGCCCUCUACAGUUCUUACAGCGGCUCUCUCUACCAGGUGAAACGCGGCUCUGACAAUGCCACGACCAACAUUGCGCCGCUUUCUGCUGGAGGGGUGGCCAAUGCUGCCACCCAAGACUCUUUCUGCGCUGGCACAACUUGUCUUAUUACAAUCAUCUACGAUCAGUCUGGCCGGGGCAACCAUCUCACCCAGGCACCUCCUGGCGGCUUCAACGGACCUGACUCUGGGGGAUAUGAUAACCUUGCCAGUGCGAUUGGAGCUCCAGUUACACUGAACGGGCAAAAAGCAUAUGGCGUGUUCAUCUCCCCAGGCACAGGGUACAGAAACAACGCUGCUUCAGGCACUGCCAAAGGCGACGCGGCGGAGGGCGUUUAUGCAGUAUUGGAUGGAUCUCAUUAUAAUGGCGCAUGUUGCUUUGACUAUGGUAACGCGGAGACUAGCUCUCGCGAUACCGGCAACGGCCACAUGGAAGCCAUAUACUACGGCAAUUGUAAUGUUUGGGGCACAGGAAGCGGUAGUGGGCCAUGGUUCAUGGCGGACCUUGAGAACGGUCUGUUCAGCGGAGCCAACCCAAAGAACAAUGCUGCAGAUCCAUCGAUCUCGUACCGAUUUGUUACAACAGCUCUGAAGGGUGAGCCUAACCAAUGGGCACUUCGCGGUGGUAACGCCGCUUCUGGCUCGUUGUCGACGUACUACAGCGGCGUACGCCCAAGCGCCUCUGGAUACAACCCUAUGAGCAAAGAAGGUGCUAUUAUUUUAGGGAUUGGCGGGGAUAAUUCGAAUUCUGCUCAAGGUACCUUCUAUGAAGGUGUCAUGACCUCUGGCUAUCCAUCCGAUGCUACUGAAAACUCAGUGCAGGCAAACAUCGUGGCCGCCAAGUACGCGACAACCUCUUUGACAAGCGGCCCAGCUCUCUCCGUCGGCUCUCACAUCUCCCUGCGUGCAACUACGUCUUGCUGCACAACUCGCUACAUCGCUCAUACCGGCUCCACUGUGAAUACACAAGUUGUGUCAUCCUCCAGCGCCACUGCUCUCAAGCAGCAGGCUAGCUGGGUCGUCCACGCCGGGCUUGGAAACAGUGCCUGCUUUUCGUUUGAGUCUGUUGAUACUCCUGGAAGUUACAUAAGGCAUUACAAUUUCGGCCUUCAGGUGAAUGCCAGCGAUGGCAGCAAGCAGUUUAAUGAAGAUGCUACAUUUUGUCCGCAGGCAGGUCUCAACGGCCAGGGCAAUUCAAUUCGGUCAUGGAGCUACCCUACGAGAUACUUCAGACAUUAUGACAAUGAUCUGUACAUUGCAAGCAACGGUGGCGUUGAUACUUUUGAUGCUACCGGUCUAUAUAACGAUGAUGUGAGCUUUGUGAUUAGUUCAGGAUUUGCUUAA